CCAUUUCUUUCUCUUCAUACAUAUUUCAUUUUCUUCCAUUCUUUCUACUCUCCUUCCUUGUACAUCAACCGAUUCCUUUCAACUCAGCUUGUUUUUUAUGUUUCAUCCGCCUUCAAUUUCGUUAGAAACUUGCAUUAGGGAGGGCGAAUUACUUGCAGAUAUCGAAGUUUGUUGAGUUUUACCAAGUGUGGUUUGCUAUUCAGAUCAUUUUGAACAAUGUUGCCAGUUUGCUCAGCCGCUGCUGGCUGCUCUUCACAUUCUCAGAUUUCAUUUCAUGGAGAUUUGCGGCCUUUCACUCCAUUUGAAAAAGACUUUCAGUUCAGAUGUAACUAUCAAGACAGGUCUGCUUUCGGCAUGUCAAAUGAAAAUCAUCUCCAUAGAAUGUGUUUUAAGCCACAAGCAACGAAAUCUUUAUACUCCAAUUUUGUUGAAAGCACUGAACAACCAGUAUCUGUGGACCUUGUUAAUGGUUAUUCUUGCCCAGACGAGGUAGUUGAUGUUAAAUGCAAAAUUUCUAAUGAAUGGAGUUCUUCGGUUGAAGCAAUAAUGUCACCCGCAGAUGUCGAACUGAAAUAUGUUGAAGAUUCUAGCAUAUCUGAUGCAGAAGAGAAAUUUGUCGAUUCGUCAAACCAGUUAGUUGAAAAUGCCAAUGAUUACAUGGGCUUGGAGGGACCGGAAACCAUAUCAACUAUUGACACAACGCCUGAGACUUCCACUGCAGCAUCUAGCUCCCUGAACUUUGACAACGAUUCACUAUCCAAUGCCAAAACUGGUCUUGAUGAUUUUCUGUCUGGGGUUAACGAGACUGUUAAUUAUUCGCUAGACAAGGGAGAGAAUGCUGUGAAAAGCUUAUUGGAGAAAAUUACUUCUUCUAUAACUUCUGUUAAGACAAGUGCUUCUGAAGCUGUCGAUAAUGCUCAAGUAUUAGCUGACAAUAAGCUAUCAAACUUAUCAAAUGACUUGAAGGAAGUAUCAAGUAAAGCUAAUAUUUUUGCUGUCGACUUGUUGAGGCGUACAAUUGUCGGAGUGGAGGAUUCUUUAGCAAACGGGGCUUCCACUUUCGUAUAUUAUUAUGCUUCUGCUAAGGAAAGUCUUCCGCCGGAGAUCAAAGAUACACUAACUUUGUAUGAAGAGAAAACAGGAAAAGUCUUAAAGCCUGUUGGGGAUGCCCUGCAACAGAUUUACAUUGGCAUUGAGGGGCUGGAAAGGAGUGUAGGCUUUGAUCCGAAUGAUCCCAUUGUCCCCUUUUUCCUUUUCAUUGGCUCCUCAGCAACUCUAUGGGCGUUUUACUGGGUAUGGGCAUAUGGUGGUUACUCUGGGGACUUAUCUCCUAAACUAACUUUGGAGCUCUUGUCCGGAAAGGAGAAGGCUUUACUUAUUGAUGUGCGGCCUGAGGUCUUAAGAGAGAGAGAUGGCAUUCCCGAUCUUCGACGAGCAGCACGGUCUCGUUAUGCUAGUGUAUAUUUACCUGAGGUUAAUGGUUCAAUACGGCAAUUAAUGAAGAGCGGAAGGGACCUUGAUGAUUCCUUGAUUGCUAUUGUUAUUCGAAACUUGAAAACCAUUGAGGACAGGUCGAAGGUCAUAAUUAUGGAUGCCGAUGGUAGUCGCUCCAAAGGAAUUGCAAGAUCAUUGAGAAAACUUGGGGUUAAGAAACCCUACCUGGUCCAGGGUGGCUUCCAAUCAUGGGUGAACCAGGGUCUCCGAGUUAAGGAACUAAAACCAGAGACAGCACUUACGAUACUCAAUGAGGAAGCUGAGGCAAUCUUAGAAGAAAUUAGUCCUUCUCCAGUGCAACUUCUUGGAUAUGGUGUGGGUUCUGUAGCAGCAAUUUACGCGCUGCUAGAGUGGGAGAAAUCAUUACAGCUGAUUGGCAUUCUUGGUCUAGUCGUGACCAUUUAUCGGAGGGUCUCUUCAUACGAGAGCUCCGAGGAUCUGAAAAAAGACAUAAGGUUUUUGCUAGCUCCUGUCAGAUUCGGAACCCAGGCACUUUCAUGGGUUUCCGGGAACUUAGAAACCAACGGCAUUGGACUUCCAACAUCACCCUCAUCGUCAGAUGUUCAAAGCCGAGUGUUGCAGGCUGCUGCGAAGCAUGAAUCUAAGCCGUCCGAUUCAGAAGAUCCCGAUGCAAUGGCUCCGAUGAAUGAGAAAGUCGACCUCUCCGAAGCAUAGGUGUAGCGCAAUUUUCUCGCAGUAAAAUGUCUCCAUUUGAUCAUCAGAUUGGUGAAUUCAAGGCCACCUGGCUCACUAGGAUGUAGUGAACAAAGAGUUUGCAAAGAUACUGACCUGUCAAAACCCUAAAAACAAGUCAUUUACAUGAGUUGGAUCAUUUCUGUUCUAUAAUACUCAUCAAACAAUC